GGAAGGAGGGGGCAGAGAGCCCGAGCGAGUGGUCAAAAUGGCAACCGCGCAGCUAACGGAUGAGGAGCUCGUUUCUGAGUUAAAGCGCUCCGGAAUGAUGCCGGGCCCGGUCACCGAGAGCACCCGGCCGGUGUACCUGAAGAAGCUUAAGAAGCUUCGGGAGGAUCAGAAGCCUCGGUUCGCGAAAACGCGGGUAAUAACUAACAACAACACUGUGACUGCGGCGGUUGGUCUCCCAGAGAGCGGGGGAUCCCGCCCGCACAGCGGAGACGUGACACACAGGAGAGGGGCCCGCCAGAGCCCACCGAAGGAGCUCGGUAAGCCGUCUCCACUAGUCGGUUUCAGCUCCGAUGAGUCGGAUGCGGAUAUCGGACUGGGGGCUCAGGGAGGGCGGCGGGAGAGAGCUAACGCUUCCUAUCCGGAGAGGAGCCCGGCCCAGCGGGGGUGCGUGGACGCUGCAGACGGAGAGGCAGACGGGCGGAAGGCGCCUGGCUGGUGGGGGGUGCGCAGGCCGCACAACCCCCCAGGGCGGGACGACGACAACAACGACGACGAAGAGGAGGAAGAAGAGGGAGAGGCAAGUAAAGGCCGGAUCAUGAACGGCAGCCGCUUCUCUUAUCACAGAGACUAUUCCGACUCAGACGAGGAGGAGCCGGGGAAGGAUGAGCCGCAGAGUCGCCGGAGUAGGCGGGGUAUGGUAAAACAGCCAAGGGGCAACGGCAUGGACCCCCCGGACACUCCCAGCAAACCGGGCUGGGGCGAAGAUGUACCCGAUGUGACCACUCGGCACCGGGGAGCCGUCCGGAAGACCUCCCCAUCAAACACGGACAAGGCUGAGGGAUUCACGCGCAAGCCCAGUAACCACAUGGGGGGCAGCUACAGCGCCGAGGCCUCCGGGGUCUAUGUGCUUAAUAACAGUCUCCCCAGUAGAGUCUCCCACCCCAACCACUCGUCUUCUAACCACAGUCUCCCCCACUACCCGUACUCCAGCGCCAAGAAGAAGCUCCCGGAGCCCGACGAGGAACUGCUGCAACAGUUCAGGGGUGAGGUGUCUCCCCCAGGAGGCUUCAGUGCCCAUUACCUGUCCAUGGUACUCUUAGCUGCCGCCUGCCUUUUCUUUGUGCUGCUUGGACUGACUUACCUGAGAGUGAGUGGCACAGCGGGACCGUCUGGAGACGAGCUCAUAAGAAAUCCAGACGAACUUUCCAGCACUGAAACAGGUGGAAAGAACCUCCUCAUGAGCACCCUGCAUAAACUACACGAUAAGCUGGCUAAAACUGCAGGAGAUCAUAUAUGUGGUGACACAGAUUAUGGUAAAAUUUCCGUCCAGGAAGCAACUGAAUACUUAAAGGAUUUAGGUCAAGAAUAUGCAAAUGAAUUUAAUAACUCCUUGUUGUGGAUCUUACAUUCUGAGAAAGAUGUUGGUAUUAAGUGUUCUGGGGAUGUUGAUGGAAAAUUAGAUAUAAGUGACGUGAAGUACUUGGAAUCCACCCGGCCACAAAUGUCCUUUGUAUGCCGCGUCCGACGAGCCAUAGUUACUGUAGCACACAAAUUGUCUCUUCUUCUUCUUGGUGUAGCCGUACUCCUGGGUGGAAUUCGAUACAUGAGAUAUCGCUGGUCUAAAGAGGAGGAAGAAAGCAGGCAGAUGUUCGACAUGGUGGUUAAAAUCAUAGAUGCCUUAAAGAGUCACAGUGAGGCUUGUAAAGAGAAUAAAGGUUUAGAGCCACUUCUGGCCGUUCCACAUUUACGAGAUUCCUUGAUACCACCACGUGACAGGAAAAAUCUGGCUUUGGUUUGGGAGCGAGCAGUUGACUUCCUGGUCGCCAAUGAAUCUCGAGUCCACAGCGAGCUGCAGAAGAUAGCCGGAGAGAACGUGCUACUCUGGAAAUGGCGUCCGCCUGCCGCGUGUGAAAAAGUUCCUGUCAUGCCAUCUAAAGUAUGGCAAGGUCAAGCUUUCCAUUUAGACAGAAGAAACUCCCCUCCAAACAGCUUAACACCUUGUCUAAAGAUACGCAAUAUGUUUGAUCCUGUUGUUGAAAUUGGUGAUCACUGGCAUUUGGCGAUUCAAGAAGCAAUAUUGGAGAAGUGCAGCGACAAUGAAGGAAUUGUCCAUAUUGCUGUAGAUAAGAAUUCUCGAGAGGGCUGCGUGUAUGUAAAAUGCUUAUCUCCUGAAUAUGCUGGAAAAGCAUUUAAAUCGCUGCAUGGGUCAUGGUUUGAUGGAAAGCUGGUGACUGUGAAAUACCUGCGGUUGGACAGAUACCAUCACCGCUUCCCUCAAGCUAUUACGUGCAACACUCCCUUGAAGCCUUCAAACAAACACAUGAACUCUCUGUCACAACUAAGUCUGCGGACAGGCCCGUUGAAUUCUCCGUCAUCCUUAUGAGAAGACUGUGUACCACUGAUGACUGUUAUUUGCAACAGGAAAAUAAACAAAAAAAAAACCUGGCUGCAAGGGGAAAAUAAAGAAAACAAAA